AUGGACAUGGAGAGAGGGGCGGGCAGCGAGCAGGGCUCGCCCGAUAGCGAAAUGGGCGACGGCGACAACGACAGCGUCGGCUACGGCGCGGAGAUGGAGGUGGACGCCGGGAGCGGCUCGGCCGGGGCCUCGGCUCCGGCGAGCUCGGCAUCCGCAUCGGCCUCGGUCUCCGCGUCGGCGUACGCCGCGCGUGCCGGCGCCUACGACGGGGUCGACCCUUUCGAGGGCAUGGAGUUCGACGACGAGGAGGACGCCUGGACGUUCUACAACGUCUACGCCCACCGCGUCGGCUUCAGCACCCGGAUUAGCGUCAUGCACCGGUCGCGCCGGGACGGCUCCGUCAUGUCACGCCAGUUCGUCUGCGCCAAGGAGGGCUUCCGCACCUACCGCGGGAAGAAUGAGGUUUCCCGUGUUGAUGCCGUAGACGCUGGCGACGACGAUAGUGGGAGGGGUCGGCGGACACGGGCUGUCACCAGGGUUGGCUGCAAGGCCAUGAUCCGGGUGAAGAAGCAGGACAAUGGCCGCUGGAGUGUGACCAAGCUGGAGACUGCACAUAACCAUCCCCUGGUCCCUGCGAACCAGGCACACUGUCUGCGCCCGCACAAGCCACUGUCAGAGUGUGGGAAGCAGCGGCCUUUUGGGGGACAUCGAAAUGGCGGUUCGCUUCUGGCACUUGAGCCACCACCACCGCCUCUUACGCCGUCUGUGCCUCACACAAGCAUAGCUCAAGUGGUUCCUCAGUAUGUUUCGGAUGGUAUUGGGAAUGGCACUAGAGUAAUUUUGGAUUAUGUAAAGCACAUGCAAGCUGAAGAUCCGGCGUUCUUUUAUGCCAUGCAAUUUGUUGAGGGGCGUCCAGUGGGGAAUGUGUUUUGGGCCGAUGCGAGGGCUAGGACGGCAUACAAAGACUUUGGAGAUGCCGUUGUCUUGGAUGACUACUGCAAAAGGAGCAAGCAUGAACUUCCACUUGUUACUUUUACUGGAGUUAAUCACCAUUGCCAGCCAGUCCUAUUUGGUUGUGCCAUCAUGGCACAUAACAAUGAAGCAUCAUUUGUUUGGUUGUUUGAGACAUUUCUCUUAGCAAUGUCUGGACAGCAGCCUACCUGUCUUACCAUGGAGCAUGAUAAUUCUUUAAAAUCAGCUGCUUUGAAAGUAUUUCCUCUAACUAGGCUCCAGUUUUGUAAGUGGCACAUCAUGAACGAAGCACAGGAUAGGCUGUCAUAUCUCCUAGAUGCAUUCCCAUCCUUCCGUGAGGCCUUUAUCAAUUGCAUCAACAUGUCUGAGACAAUCAAUGAGUUUGAAGCAAAUUGGAAGGCAUUAAUUUCUAAGGUCAGCUCUCAAAAAAGUGAAUGGCUUGACUUGGUGUACAAUUGCCGUCAUCAGUGGGUCCCGGUGUAUCUGAGAGAUACAUUCUUUGGGGAUGUGUCAUUAAAGCUGCAGUGUUCAAGCAGGAGUUCGUUGUUUGAAGGUUAUAUCAGUGCCAAAACUGAUUCGCAGUCAUUCAUUCAGCAGUAUGAAAAAGCUUUAGACUGUUGUUAUGAGAAGGAGGUGAAGGAAGAAUUUGAAACAAAAUAUUCACUUCCUGAUAUCAAGACAUCAUCUCCUAUAGAAAAGCAAGGAGCCGAGUUAUAUACAAGGUCGAUGUUUUUGAAAUUCCAACAGGAGUUGAUUGAUGCCUCUGUUUACACUGCUGAAAUGGUGAAAGAGGAGGGCAAUGCUUCAAUUUAUACAGUGACCAGAUCUGAAGGAAGUGAGAAGUCUGUAACAGUUGAGUUCAGUUCUUCUGGAAGUUCUGCGACAUGUAGCUGUCGGAUGUUUGAAUAUUUUGGUAUUGUCUGCAGGCACAUGCUUACUGUGUUUGGUGUAAGAGGUGUCUCUGCACUUCCUUCUCAUUAUUUUGUAAAAAGAUGGACAAAGAAUGCAUUGGAUAGAAGCUCAGGCAAGAAUGUUGAUGAAGUUAGCAGAGUUGAGGAGCCCAAGGAGGAGCAAAGAAGUAGCGCUGAAGAUGAUGAGCAAUCCCUGACGUGGCGUUACAACAGUUUGUGUCGUGAAGCACUAAGGUAUGCUGAAGAGGGAACAUCAUCAUUAGAGGUUUAUAUUGUCGCGAUGCAAGCUCUUCAAGAAGCUGCUAACAGGGUUAAUAUGGCCAAGAGAGGUAUUGGACAGGUAGCACCAUUAGCGGUGAUGCCAAUUGCAGCACAACCACCAGAAAGUUUUGCAAGAAAUCAAGAGAUUAGUUCUAAUAAGCAAAAGAAGAGAAAAAGGAAUUCAAAUAGCUCAAGGGAGAACGCCACAUCAAAUCAACUUAUGUAUGUGCAACAACCUGUUAAUUUUCUUUUUGUUGCUCCUGGUUCAUCAAGUGCUUUACAAGGGCCUAGUCAGCUAGUUGCUGCUGCUCCUGUUUCUUUGAGUAGCAAAUAUGGACAAACAUCUGGUGCGAAUAAUUCAGUUGAUGACAAUAUACCUCCUGCUUCUGUAGUUGAUAAGUUUUCUGGGUUACCUGACCGAAAUGCAUCAGCACCUUCAGCUGGAAAUCUGCAAGGUGGAGAAACAAAAUCCAUAGGGGCCGAUUCACGAAUAAAAGAGAGCCAUGAAUUAUCCCAAGCUAAUGGUAGCAGGGGAUGCAGUGUAAAUACAUUAAACUCCAGUGCUGUGCCACAGCUUGUGACUGUUCCUAUUGGAUUGUGCCUUCCGUCCACUGAUGGCCCCAAGAUAUCUGCGGCUGGUAUGAACUCUGUAAAUUCUGGAGAUAUCAGUAGCAACGGCAAAUUGUCAUUUGGUCAAUCUCAGUCAUCUGCACAACAGCCAGCUACACCAUCACAGACAAAGACGCUUGGCCGUAUUGAUUCUCGUGCAAAUCCUGAGGGUUCAUCUAUAAGGGCUGCAGCCAUUGCAGCCGGUGCACGCAUAGCAUCACCAUCUGAUGCAGCUACAAUCAUAAAAGCGGCUCAGUCAAAAGGCGCCAUCCACAUCAGGCCUGGGGAAAACCUCCCAAAUUACCUGAAACCACUAGCACCAAAGCCGCUUUCCUCACUACCACCAGUGAACCCACUCAACUUGGCACAUGCAUCCCCAGGACAGCUCAGCUUUGGUGAUUCUGCAGCUGCCAAGGACGCAAUCUUCGGUUCCUCGGAUGGCAGUGACGACGAUGAGGAAGACACUGAUGACGAGGAAGACACAGAUGACGACGAGGACGAGGGGCUGAUUGGCGACGACGCAGAACAUGAAUGA